AUGGUCAACGAUGUCCAGGACUAUUUCACCAAGGGCCCUGUUAUUGGUAAGACCCGUACGGUGGAGCAGGUUGAGCAGACGAUGGAGCUGACCUUCAACUUCAAAGGGAACGACAAGUACGAGACGGUAGAGAAGUUACCCGAGGGUGGGGAGGGCCAGUGCUCCGUCAUGAAGUCGAAGACCACCGGCAACCUCUUCGUCGUGAAGCACACGAAGGCAGUCAGGCUCCGCGACCCGAAGGAGAGGGAGGAGCUCGAUUCGAAGACUCACAGAUACCCAAACGAGGCUAGGAUCUUGGGUAUGACGUUGAAGGCUCAGCGGAACAUCGUGCAGAUGGUUCAGAUCACUGAGGAUCAUAAGGAGCCCGGCCGAUAUUUCUUGUGGAUGGAGUAUUGCUCAGGGGGUGAUCUGAUCAGUCAGAUUCUCUAUUGGUGGAAGAGGAAGAGAUGCCCAGUGCCGGAGCAGUUCCUCUUGCAUACCUUCGUGUCUCUGGUUGAUGGGCUUGCGUUUCUCCACCACGGACUUCGAUCAAAAGGUGAUGGCCGCUUCACCGAAGACGAGUUCCACGAGGCGGUCAUUCAUGCCGAUCUCAAAGCAGAGAACGUUUUCCUUCGAUGGAGCGACAAGUCGUUAGGUGGCAUGCCGGAGGUCGUUCUUGGUGACUUUGGCAUUGCCAAGAAGGCCAGCAAGACGGAUGCCAAGCUGAGCGCCGGCACACCCGCUUACAUGGCACCAGAAGACGUCGCAAUCCACCAGAAUGUUCCCAUGUCUUCCGAGUACGAGGAGACUUGGCUCAAAGUGGUCAAUAGCAGAACCACUGCGAUGGACAUGUACUCCCUAGGGCAAGUCAUGUACCAGAUGGUGGCCAAAGAGCCAGAGCCACGAGAGAUCGGUCUGGACCCAACAGACCUCAGAAUCUCACGUGAGUAUGAUACUCCUGGCCUUUGUGAGACGAUCGUCAGGUGUUUGACAGUUGACAAGAACCUGCGUGCCCAGGCCUCGUUCCACCAGACCUUGGGCAUCCUGCCCGCCAUCAAUCGCCUGCGAACGGCUCGGAAUGCCCUGGUGCAGAGAAGGACAACCUUGGACCGGAUGGAGUGGGCUCGUCCGGCAAAGUAG